AACAAGAAGCAUAAGCAUUUUCCGGUUUAAUCAUCAGUAACCCACAAAGAAUACUGCACUGUUUUCUUUCUGUUUGUUCUGAACAAAGCAAGAAGCAGCAAGCUUCAAUGGGGAACUGUUGUGCUGUUGUGCUUACUAACAAUAGGGAGAAUUCCUUCACAUAUCAGCAGAAAACUUCAGGAAUUGCAGGUGUUUCCGACAGAAAUAUGUAUCUUUCUGCUCUUUCAAGUCCAAAACUUCUGGCUAAUUUUGAAGAGGAAGUAAUUAGAACUCCCCCUCCUCCAAGAUCUGAAGGGGACAUAUUAUCGUCUCCACAUUUGAAAGCCUUCACACUCAAUGAUCUUAAGAAUGCAACGAGAAGUUUUCGUCCUGAUAAUCUCAUUGGCGAAGGAGGCUUUGGUGAUGUUUACAAGGGAUGGAUCGAUGAGCAAACCCUUGGUGCUGCAAGCUCUGGUCAAGGGAUGGUUGUUGCUGUCAAGAAACUUAAACCAGAAGGCUUUCAGGGGCAUCAGGAGUGGCUGUCUGAGGUUAAUUAUCUUGGUCAGCUUCAUCAUCCCAAUCUGGUAAAGCUUAUUGGGUACUGCCUGGACGGUGAAAAUCGGCUUUUGGUUUAUGAGUACAUGCCCAAAGGCAGCCUUGAGAAUCAUCUGUUUAGAAGAGGUGCCCAACCACUGUCCUGGGCAUUAAGGAUCAAAGUUGCCAUAGGUGCUGCUCGAGGGCUCUCCUUCCUGCAUGACUCUGAGCAACAAGUUAUAUAUCGUGAUUUUAAGGCAUCCAAUAUCCUCUUAGAUUCGGAAUUCAAUGCAAAACUUUCAGAUUUUGGCUUGGCAAAAGCAGGCCCAACUGGUGAUCGUUCUCAUGUUUCCACUCGAGUCCUGGGUACGCAAGGCUAUGCUGCCCCUGAAUACAUCGCUACAGGCAGACUAACUGCUAGGUGUGAUGUCUAUAGCUUUGGGGUUGUGUUGCUGGAGUUGCUGACAGGACGCCGUGCUCUUGACAAAACAAAAGUGGGGCUGGAACAGAACCUGGUGGAUUGGACAAAACCCUAUUUGGGUGAUAGGCGGAAGUUGUUCAGGAUUAUGGAUACAGAGUUGGAGGGGCAGUACCCGCAGAGGGAAGCUUUCAUGGUUGCACUUCUUGCUUUCCAUUGUAUCAGUGAGGCUAAACUCCGGCCACCAAUGUCUGAGGUUUUAGCUACUUUAGAAGAGCUCCCAGUUAUUACCAAACAGGGAACCAGCCCCUCCCGCUUCUUGUCACAGCAACAAAAUCCUACCGCCAGGUCUCCAUUAAGAGAUAAUGAACCUUCACCUACACAUAUGAACUCCCCUCAUCUGAAAUUCCUCAGUGGAUGUUGAAUUGGAGUUCUCCAUGUCUACACCAAUGUAAAUCUCUUUUGUUGUAUCCUAUAUAUACAGGCAUUUUGCCAUAGUUACUACAGCCAAGCAACACUGUGCCUUAUGAUUGAGUGA